AUGGCGAGGCAAUCAAUAUCGGAUCGAAAAAUCCCUCACCUGAGGGACAUCUUUGGUUUCGACAACAACAACAACAACAACAACCAGGUGCAAUUGGAAAAACUUGGGAAGCUGGAAGAGACGUCGUUAAGCAACAAUCAGAUGAAUCAGACGCGGAACCGCGAUUACAGCAAAAUUCUAACCGAGAGAGACGUAAAGCACUUAGAACAGCACCUGUCGAUGAAGAAGACUAUCCGUAAGAAGAUAAUGAGAGACUUGCAACAAGCGUUUGUAGAAGACCCCAAUGAAUUUAGAGUGGAUGAUGAUAUCCCUCUAGAGAAGCUAAAAGCUGAAAUUAAUUAUCGAAGCUUGAGCUUCGGUUUUCCUUCACAAAAACAUCGAUGCGCGAUAGGAAAUACUGAAAGCACAUUCCUGGAAAUGCUUCGUGCCGAUGGAGAAGGAUUUGAUAAACGUCUAACAAAUGGAUAUGGCUAUGACUCGUCUCGUAGUAGAUCUCCAGAAAGAAUGCCUUCAAUUGUAAUAACACAUCAUUUUGAUACAGACGAAGAUUCAACUAACUCUUACGAUUCAUUAGAAACUACGCUCACUCCAAAAGAAAAUAGUAAAUUUUGGAGACGUUUCACAAUUAAGAAUUUUGAUAAGCGAUGA